AUGAAGACAGCUACUACUCUUCUCUGCCUAGCCCUUCCUUUGCUGGCGAAUGCGGCUCCAGGCCUCGAGAAAAGAACAAUGUGCAACGUCUUCAACAACGAUGGCGCCGUGAAAUGCAGAAGCGCGCCGUAUUUUGACGCCCAUGUCGUCACCACUAUUGGUGACGGAGAUGCCUGGGACUUCUCUUGCUACAAGUCGGGAGACUGCUACGAGGGAGUUUGGUAA